AUGCUAAUUCCUUUUUUUACUUUCAUUUUAGUCGUCUAACUUAUUCGUACUUAAUAAAUGGAUAAUAUAACUGUCAUUUUUAAUGCAGAUAACUCAUGGAAAGCAAAUAUGAAUACUGAAAAAGAAUCCAUUUUUUAAGUUAACAAGUUAUACACAAAAUAUUGUUAUGUCAGGAUUAGUUUAUUAAAAAGCGAUCCUGGUCUACUUAUAAUCGCAGAUUAUCAAAUUUUACCGAAUACUAGCUUUCAUGAAAAUUAUAAACAAGGAGAAAAGAUAGAUAGAAUAAGGUAAAUUAUUUUUAAUUAUAUUCUAUUUUAGCCAAAUCGAAAAUAGAAAAACUAGGUUUCUUAAAUUAAAGACUGGAAUGGGUCAAAUCUAUAUUUAUGUCAAGGCAAACAAUACAAAUAAUAUAUACAACAUUUCGAUUAUUGGGAGUAAUGAAGAAUAUUGUGACAAUGACUGUAAUAACAACGGAAUUUGUUAGGUAUACUUAAUUACAAUUAUAAGGCUAAAGGAUGUAUUUGUAAUAAGUCUAUUAUUGGGAAUGAUUGUAAUCUGAUUGCUGAAGAAGUGUUUGUAGGAACAUCAAAAUUACUCAAUAUAUCGACUGAAAAAUAAAUAAAAUAUUUCUAUAUAGAUAUAAGCCCUUUGAAGAAUUAAAAACUUAAAAUUGAUUUUAAUGUGUCAUAUCCUUUGAAUUCAAUAGACGAUAUGAGUGAUCUCUGUUUAACUUUUUGGUCUACUCCAGGAAAAAGUCUAAUAACAAAAGAUCAUUAUGAUUAUGAAGAUUAAUUCCCCCUUUACUAUUAUGUUUACUGGCAAUUAAUAGGUAUAAAGCAAGGAUUUUCAGAAAUUUUUUAUGAAAUUCCACCUAAUUUAGCUGUUUUUUAAAAUUAAUUUUUAACCUUUGCAGUAACAAAAGAUUGGGAUACAGAUGACAAUACUAUAUUAUAGAUGAAUUUUAUUUAAGAUGGUAUUACUGAUGAUGAUGAAAUGUUGUAUGAGGAUGAGAAUGAUGAUAGCGAUAAAACUAAUAAGUUACUUUCCAUCAUCAUCCCAAUUGUCGUUGUUACACUAAUAACACUUACAGUCAUAGUUUGGUAUCUGAAAAGGAGAAAACGUUUAGUUAAGGGUGUAGCUAAAUAGAACCAGUAACAAUAAAAUGUUCAAGAGCCUGAAAAAUGUGGGAUAUGCUUGGAGGAUCUUAAUACUGCAUAUAAGGCAAUAAUCAAGAUUUAAUGUGGGUAAAUAACAUUGAAUAAUUUAGUCAUCAAUUCCAUCUCGUAUGCAUACAAGAUUGGGGUAAAAAACAAUAAGGAGAAAAGUAAUGUCCAUUUUGCAGAAGACAGUUUAAUCCUGAUCAACUUUAAUGA